AUGGAGCGGUCCGGGACCUUCAGGACCAUUAUGGCAGACGGGGUUCAAGAGGUCUUGGAGCUGUGCAUCGGGUAUUCGGCUGGCAAGCCUCCCAGCCCCGCACCCGCCGGUGUGGCGAGCGAGCUCGUUUCCAGGGCUCUGGAGCUCUUGUUCCAAUGGACCACCAAGUAUGCCACAAAACAUGUGCAGUUGCUGCUCAGCUACAUGUACCUCAAGAACAAGCUCAAGCUUCCUCUGCAAGACCUGCCGGUGCAGCUAGCAGCCUCUGCCUCCCCACCCUCUCAGCCCAGCCCUGCAGCCCUGCGACAUCAGAGCGAGAACUGGGAUGAGAUCGUGUACUCGGCCAAGUCCACUGUCCAUGAGUUGACGAGCCAUCUGGCGGCCCUGAGCGCGGUGUGCGGGCUGGACGCUCCUGGCGAGGAUGAUGCUGGGCAGGAUUGGGAGGAUGUGGAGGAGGCGGGCCCAUCCUCUGCCGUGGCAACGGAGGGGACAAGUACCUUGAAGACGGCCUGGCCCAGAUUCGACCCCGGACGGGUGGACCUCGCCAUUGCUGGCCCGCUCCUGGACCAGGCGGCAGCUGCGCGGCAGCUGGUCGUACAGGAGCUGGUGCCCGUGCUCCGUGCCGAGCUUGCAAGGGGCGGUGCGCAUGGCGCCGAGGCCGGCCCCCUCCUGUGCGGUCUGGAGGAGGCCUCGCGACAGCUGGACCUCCCGGGCAUCGCCGCGCUGGCCGAGCGCUGGCGGGCGCUGAAGGGCGCUGCGACCGAGGCGGGGACCGAGCGGGCAGAGGGAUCGCCGCCGACAGGAUCCAGGGCUGCACUGGGCGCCGCACCGGGCGGCAAGGAGGCGGCCGGCCGCGGGCAGGCUCCCACCACAAAAGGGCUCGGCGGGCGGAUGCCCCGCGUGCCUCCUUCCCAACUCCCCGAUGCAGACCCCUAUGCUGGGAUCGUCGAUCCGGCUGCCCCCCGGUCCGGGCCGCACUCAAUCGCGAAGGCUGUGGUGGAGCCGGCCGCCGUCGCAGCCAGGGCACCCAGCGCCAAGCAGCCGUCGCUGCCGGAGGAGCUCGCAGGCGGUGUCACUGACGAGCGGCACGGCUGA